AUGGCGCAGCGUUGCACGAGUCACUUGAAGAAUGCAAGAAACUCCACGAUAAGCGGUGUCGUGAGCAGCCACCCGGGGACCUUCUACCACUACGAGCCUCUUCACGACUUCGGCGUCAAGCAGAUCCGGGAGGAGGCGGCCCAGGCGGUGCGGAACCUGAGGCACCUUCUCGACUGCGAAUACGGCGAAAUGGAGCACUUGAUCGAACACGGCCGUUCCUUCAAGUGUGUGUUCAACCAAAACAAAGCCCUGUGGAGUCAGUGUAAGACGCUCCCCGACCUGUGCCGGAAGCCGGAGUUCCUGUCGCCCUUCUGCAGCCUCUUCCCCUUCCAGUCCCUCAAGACGGUCCGACUCAGGCUCAAUCUCACGGAGGAACUGCUGGAGGACAAGAAGUUGGGCGUGCGGCUGCUGUAUCUGGUGCGGGAUCCUCGGGGCACCUUGCACUCUCGUCGGAACAAGAACUGGUGCUCCAGGAAGGACUGCAACGAUCCAGAGACGCUUUGCAAGGAUCUCGUCAGGGACUACAUCACGGCGUCUGUCUUCAGGAGGAAGUUCCCGAACUCCUUCAGGGCUGUCCGAUACGAAGACAUUUCCUUCAACGUCUUCCACGAGACGAAGGAACUCCUGGACUUCUUCCGCCUCGACUUCCACCCCGACAUUCAGAAAUUCCUGCAGACGCACACCGCCCGCUCGAAAGGGAACGCCUACAGCACCUUCAGGGACUCGAAGGCCGCCCCCGUCCACUGGCAGAAGGAGAUGCCCUGGGAAAAGGCGCAGCGGAUCCAGGGCGUGUGCGAGAAGGCCCUGCGGCUGUGGGGGUACGAGUUGGCUGAGGGCGAGGAGCACCUUCGCUCGUUCAUGCCCGUGGGUCGCUUGGAGUUCGCUUAAGGAUGUCUCUUGUCUGCCUUCUCGUUUCUUUUUUUUUUAUCUUCUCUUCUCUUUUUUCUCUCUUCUCUUUCUUUUCUAUUCUUUCUCUUUUUUCUUU